AAUGGCUAUUGAUAGACCCCGGGUGAUAUCCGCUUGAAUCGCUGCAGCGUUUCUCUAUAUAACGCAGGUGGAAUUAGGACCCCUACAGCCAUAGCAUUAAAAUCAUGAUUACUCUCUACGAUAUCCCCUCCAAAGCAGCAGAUUCUCCAGGAACCAUGACAACCUGGCGAACGAGGUAUUGUCUCAACCUCAAAAACCUGCCUUACAAGACGGUCUAUGUUGAGGUCCCUGAUAUCGAAGCUCUCGCCAAGAAAAUCGGUGCUGCCCCCACCGGCCUGCAACUAGACGGAGUGUCCCCCAGAUACACGGUUCCCAUUAUCCAAGACCGCUCCACCGGCGUUGUCAUCUCCAACUCGCCUGACAUUGCCGCUUACCUUGACAAGACCUACCCAUCCGUUGGUCCUGUGCUCAUCCCCGCCGGGACUAUGGCUCUCCAGCUCGCCUUCACCGAUGCAGUUGCCGAGGCCCUUGAGCAUCUCCGUGUACCGUUAUUUUAUGUGAAUAUGGUGUCGAAGAUGAACGAACGGACGACGGCAUGCAUGAGAGAGAAGCUUUCCGGGAUAUAUACGUUGGAAGCCUCGAAGGGUGAGGAGCGGGAGAAGAUGUGGGCCAUGACGAAAAGGAAUCUGGGGAAGAUGGACAAGUGGUUGGAAGGAAGCGAGGGCGACUUCGUUAUGGGCAAAGAACCUUGUUUUGCGGAUACGGUGAUUGGAGCGUUUCUUUGGUUGAUUAGGAGCGUGGUUGGCCGAGAGAGCGAAGAGUGGAACGAUAUCGCCACUUGGAACAACGGAAGAUGGGGAAAGUACCUGGACAGCUUCAAACCUUUUGAAGUUGUUGCGUAAGAAGUAUACUUUUCUUCUCCCCUUGCUGAUUGUGACUCUGCUUUUCUUUGUUGAACGCCGUUGUCUGUCUCGAAUUGAUUUUACUCGACGAAAAGGAUUUGACGGUCGUAAUGCAAGACGUGAUCCAUGAUUACUCGCUAAGAAAUUCGAAACCGUAACUGGGUGUAAGAAAGCGAACGGCUAUGCCAGAACUGACAUGCUAGCCACCGCAUUCUGCUUUGCAACCGUCACCAGAAUCUGAAUGAGAAAGUAGCUGAUGGAGAACUACUACGCAAGGGUCAGCGUAACAGCUGCCCUUCCAAGAUUCUCUGUCGUGUAUU